CGCUUGCUUCGCCCCGAACGAACACCCUGCUUCGAGUCGACGACGGCCAUGGCGGCGGCGGGCCUAGCGGCGAUCAAGCCGCCCAUGGCGGCGAGCAUUGUGGAGAAAAUGGAGGUUCCUUCCGCGGCAGAAACCUUGGGCGAAAUGAAGAGCUCGGUGGCAUCGCAGAUCUUGUCGAAGAUGGUGGACAACGACGCUCAUGCUCGGGCGGCGGAGAUCCUCACGGCCAUGGACGGGGCAGCCGAGCUCUUGGCAGAACUCCGGGCCGCAACUGCCGCCUGGGUGGUCCAAGAGAUGGAUGUCGAGGUGGCAGCAAACCUUCUGAGUGAGAUGGCUUAUGUGGGCGCCGGCUAUGUGCUGGCAGAGCUGGAUGCAGAUCAAGCGGCCCCCAUCCUGCUUGAGAUGGAGCAACAGAACGCCGCAUACAUCCUGGAUGACAUGGAGACCUCGGCUGCGCUGGGGAUCCUGGCAGACAUGAGCAGCGACCAGAGCGCGGCUCUCCUCUCCUUGAUGGUCCCCGAUGCCGCGGCACUCAUUGCAGCGGAGAUGGAGUACGGUGAUGCCGCGAAAAUCUUGACGGAGAUGGAACAGGACGCCGCGGCAUCUGUGGUUCAAGAGAUGGAGCCAGAAGCUGCCGCCUACAUCCUGGCCGAGAUGGAUUCCUCAGCGGCUGCCGAGGUCGUGGCGGUGAUGGACUACGACGAUGGUGCGGCCUUCGUUCUGGAGCAGUUGGAGGCGGAGCAAAGCGGGAAGAUCCUCGCGCACUUGGAGCCUUCGGUGGCGGCCGCCAUCGUCACGGAGAUGGAGUUUGAAGCCUCCGCCGCCAGCUUGCAUGAGAUGGAUUUCGAUAUCGCCUCGAACCUCCUGGCGGAGAUGGACCCGAGCGCUGCUGCAGGCGUUGUCUCGUUGAUGGAGGCCGACGCUGCAGCGGGGGUGCUGACGGCCGCCAGCAGCUACCACACGUCGGCACAGGUCGUGGACAAGCUCACGGAGGAGUGCGCGGCGGAGGUGUUCUCGGAAAUGGAGCCGGAGGCUUCGGCGGGCAUUGCCAGUGAGCUGGAAUACGAGACCUCCGCGCGUGCGGUGGCGUUGAUGGAACCGUCUACUGCAGCGGCGCUCUUGGAAGCUGUGGAGCACUACGAGGAUUCCGCGGGCAUCCUGGGGCAGAUGAGCUACCGUGAGGCGGCCAAAGUGGUGGAAGAGAUGGAUGCACCGGCAGCAGUGAUGGAGUAUCUGGAGUACGAGGACCUCAGCGAGGCCGCGCAGGUGGUUGAAGAGAUGACUUGUGGUUCAGAGCAGAUUUUACCCGAGAUGGAGUACCAUCAGGCGGCGAAGAUCUUCACCCAGUUGUCCAGCGCCUCUUCAGCUAGCAUCAUCUAUGAGAUGGACCCUGAUUCCGCAGCCUACAUCCUGGCUGAAAUGGAUCAUCACCUGGCAGCGGAGAUCCUACUGCAGCUGGACGAAUACGGUGGUAUCGAGCACCAUGUGACGGCAUGCCAUAUCGUGGAGGAGAUGGAGACGCAAACAGCUGCCGAUAUACUGUCGGCCGCCGACCCGGCAGACGCGGCAGAGUUGGUGUCCUCCAUGGACUACGAGGGCUCCGCAGGGGUGUUGCUGGCGAUGGAGUCGCAGCAGGCGGCGAAGGUGAUGUCGGAGUUGGAAUAUGAUCACGCGGCAGAGAUCCUCUCGCGUCUCAAGGUGCCGAAGGCUGCUGCCAUCCUCUCCGAGGCGGAGUACUACGACGCCGCAGGCAUCUUGGAAAAGAUGGACUUGGCGAAAGCCCAGCAGCUGUUGCGUUCGGGCUUUCUAGACCGCGAUGCCAUCCUCGAUGCCAUGGAAGACGCGCAAAAGUCUUCACAGCUCCGCACGCGUGUGGCCAAGCGUGCCCGCACCAGCUGAAGAACACGGGGAAACGGCUGAAACGAGGGGCUCUUCAAGAGGGGCAGCUGAGACUUGAUAGAUGUGAUUUGUUUGAG